AUCUGCUUAAAGGGGCCGCGGCCACUUCCCUCGCGUCCCCUCACCCCCGCCCCGCGCCGCCGCGUCUCCAGGGCUCCCGGCAACUAGCUUGGAAAGGGCUUCCCUCGCGCUGAGGAGCGGCCGGCCGGCGCGGAGCAGGCGCGGCGCGUGUGGAGAAAGCCGCCGAGCGGAGAGCGGGCCCGGGCGGCGCCGGAGUGGACUCUGGUCCCGGGAGCGCGAUCGGCGCCGGAACGCGGACCCGGAGGCACCGGAAUGCAAACAAAGCUCGCGGGCGCCCGUGCAGGGCUCUCGGCGGAGCCCGGAAAGUUUGUUUUAUGAUGGCUUGAGAACGCGAGUGAGUCGGGCGACGAGGAUCGAGUGGCUCGCUCCCGCGCUCGGAGAGAUGCUUGUCCCGUGAGCCCGCCGCGCCGGGGGCUCGUGCUGUGGGGGCACCUGUCUCUCGUUUUAGCAGUUUUUAUUUUAUUUUAUUAUUUUUCCUUUUGAGGAGGGACUGUAAACUCAUCAUGUCGAAAGUGAUCCAGAAGAAGAACCACUGGACUGGCCGCGUUCACGAGUGCAUCGUGAAGCGGGGACCCCAGGGCGAGCUGGGAGUGACGGUGCUGGGGGGCGCGGAGCACGGGGAGUUUCUGUAUGUGGGGGCGGUGGCGGCAGGCGAGGUGGCGGGACUCCCCGGCUGCGGCGAGGGCCCGAAGCUGGCCGAAGGUGAACUGCUGUUGGAGGUGCAGGGGGUCCGGGUGUCCGGCUUGCCCCGCUACGACGUGCUGGGAGUCAUCGACAGUUGCAAGGAGGCCGUCACCUUCAGAGCCGUCAGACAAGGAGGAAGGCUCAACAAGGACCUGCGACACUUUCUCAACCAGCGGUUCCAGAAGGGGUCUCCGGACCAUGAGCUCCAGCAGACCAUAAGGGACAACCUGUACCGCCAUGCCGUGCCUUGCACAACCCGGUCUCCCAGAGAAGGAGAAGUGCCUGGCGUGGAUUACAGCUUUCUGAGUGUGAAAGAGUUCCUGGACCUCGAGCAGAGCGGAACCCUGUUGGAAGUCGGCACCUAUGAAGGAAACUAUUAUGGGACACCCAAACCUCCCAGCCAGCCAGUCAGUGGGAAAGUGAUCACGACGGAUGCCUUGCACAGCCUUCAGUCUGGCUCCAAGCAGUCGACCCCGAAGCGAACAAAGUCCUACAAUGAUAUGCAAAAUGCUGGAAUAGUCCCCACGGAGAAUGAGGAGGAGGACGAUGUUCCUGAAAUGAACAGUAGCUUUACAGCCGAUUCUGGAGACCAGGACGAACACACUCUCCAAGAAGCAACGCUCCCGCCUGUGAAUAGUAGCAUCCUCGCUGCUCCCAUCACGGACCCUUCCCAGAAGUUCCCUCAGUACCUACCUCUUUCUGCAGAGGAUAAUUUAGGUCCUCUACCUGAAAACUGGGAGAUGGCCUAUACCGAAAAUGGAGAAGUCUAUUUUAUAGACCAUAACACAAAGACAACAUCAUGGUUAGACCCUCGGUGCCUGAACAAGCAGCAGAAGCCUCUGGAAGAAUGUGAAGAUGAUGAAGAAGGGGUACACACCGAGGAGCUGGACAGUGAACUAGAGCUGCCUGCUGGCUGGGAAAAGAUUGAAGACCCUGUCUAUGGUGUCUACUAUGUAGACCACAUCAACAGGAAGACACAAUAUGAAAACCCAGUCCUAGAAGCCAAAAGAAAGAAACAGCUUGAACAGCAGCAGCAGCAGCAGCAGCCUCAGCCUCAACCACCACAGCCAGAAGAAUGGACAGAAGAUCAUGUGUCCCUUGUGCCUCCUGUCGCGCCCUCCCAUGCCCAGAGCAAUCCGGAGCCAGCCAGGGAAGCUCCACUUCAGGGCAAACCCUUUUUUACAAGAAACCCUUCUGAGUUGAAAGGCAAGUUCAUUCACACGAAGCUACGGAAAAGCAGCCGUGGCUUUGGCUUCACAGUGGUUGGAGGGGACGAACCUGAUGAGUUCCUACAGAUCAAGAGCCUCGUCCUAGAUGGUCCUGCUGCCCUGGAUGGCAAGAUGGAGACAGGGGAUGUGAUUGUCAGCGUGAAUGACACCUGUGUUUUGGGACACACACAUGCUCAAGUUGUAAAAAUCUUCCAGUCCAUUCCUAUUGGUGCCAGUGUGGACCUUGAACUCUGCAGAGGUUAUCCAUUGCCUUUUGACCCGGAUGACCCCAAUACAAGUUUAGUGACCUCGGUGGCCAUUUUGGACAAAGAACCAAUUAUUGUUAAUGGACAAGAGACCUAUGAUUCACCAGCAAGCCACAGUAGUAAAACAGGCAAAGUCAGCAGCAUGAAGGAUGCCAGGCCAAGCAGCCCUGCCGACGUGACUUCCAACAGUUCUUAUGGUUAUCCCAAUGACACGGUCUCUUUGGCUUCUUCCAUAGCCACGCAGCCGGAGCUGAUAACUGUUCACAUAGUCAAAGGGCCAAUGGGCUUUGGCUUUACCAUUGCAGAUAGUCCCGGUGGGGGCGGCCAAAGAGUGAAACAGAUUGUUGACAGUCCCCGCUGCAGGGGCCUCAAGGAAGGGGAUCUUAUCGUGGAAGUGAAUAAGAAGAACGUGCAGGCUCUGACGCACAACCAAGUCGUGGACAUGCUAAUCGAGUGUCCAAAGGGAAGUGAGGUCACACUGUUGGUGCAGCGAGGAGGGCUACCAGUUCCCAAGAAGAGUCCAAAGUCGCAACCACUGGAGAGGAAAGACAGCCAGAACAGCUCCCAGCACAGCGUCUCCAGCCACCGGAGCCUGCACACGGCAUCCCCGAGUCACGGCACGCAGGUGCUCCCCGAGUACCCACCUGCAGACGCCCCUGCUCCAGAUCAGACCGACAGCUCUGGGCAGAAAAAACCAGAUCCUUUUAAAAUCUGGGCCCAGUCCAGGAGCAUGUAUGAAAACCGACCUAUGUCACCUUCGCCUGCAUCAGGACUGAGCAAGGGUGAGAGAGACAGAGAAAUCAAUUCCACGAAUUUUGGAGAAUGUCAGAUUCCCGAUUACCAGGAACAGGACAUCUUCCUCUGGAGAAAAGAGACCGGAUUUGGAUUUAGGAUUCUGGGUGGAAAUGAGCCAGGGGAACCCAUUUAUAUCGGUCACAUCGUACCACUGGGUGCUGCUGACACCGACGGCCGCCUGAGGUCUGGGGAUGAAUUAAUCUGUGUGGAUGGGACACCAGUAAUUGGAAAAUCACACCAGCUCGUGGUCCAGCUUAUGCAACAAGCUGCCAAGCAAGGCCAUGUCAAUCUCACAGUGAGGCGGAAAGUGGUGUUUGCUGUCCCCAAAGCAGAGAAUGAGGUGCCAUCGCCAGCUUCAUCGCACCACAGUAGCAACCAGCCUGCCUCCCUGACGGAAGAGAAGCGCACACCCCAGGGCAGCCAGAACUCGCUGAACACUGUGAGCUCUGGCAGCGGAAGCACCAGUGGCAUCGGCAGUGGCGGCGGCGGGGGCAGCGGCGUGGUGAGCGCUGUGCUACAGCCCUAUGAUGUGGAGAUUCGACGUGGGGAGAACGAGGGCUUUGGGUUCGUCAUCGUGUCCUCCGUGAGCAGGCCUGAAGCGGGCACGACCUUUGCAGGCAAUGCAUGUGUGGCUAUGCCUCACAAAAUAGGUCGGAUUAUUGAGGGGAGCCCUGCUGACCGCUGUGGCAAGCUGAAAGUAGGAGACCGGAUCUUGGCAGUAAAUGGAUGUUCCAUCACCAACAAAUCCCAUUCUGACAUUGUCAACCUAAUCAAAGAAGCGGGCAACACAGUGACCCUCCGGAUCAUCCCCGGGGAUGAGUCCUCAAAUGCCACACUGCUGACCAAUGCUGAGAAGAUCGCCACCAUCACCACCACUCAUGCCCCUUCUCAGCAAGGGACCCAGGAAACAAGGAACACCACCAAACCAAAGCAGGAUUCUCAGUUUGAGUUCAAAGGACCACAGACUGCACAGGAGCAAGAUUUUUACACUGUGGAGCUGGAAAGAGGAGCCAAGGGUUUUGGCUUUAGUCUUCGAGGGGGGCGAGAGUAUAAUAUGGACCUCUAUGUUCUGCGCUUAGCAGAGGAUGGUCCCGCAGAAAGAUGUGGAAAGAUGAGGAUUGGUGAUGAGAUUCUAGAGAUCAAUGGUGAGACCACCAAAAACAUGAAACAUUCUCGGGCCAUAGAACUGAUAAAGAACGGUGGCCGCAGAGUUCGUCUGUUUCUGAGGCGGGGAGACGGCUCAGUCCCAGAAUAUGACCCCAGCAGUGACAGGAACGGCCCUUCCACCGGUGCACAAGGUGUUCCGGAAGUGAGGCCGGGGCCGCCUGACCGCAGACCUCAUCCAGCCUUGGAGUCCAGUUACCCACCCGAUCUUCACAAAUCAUCACAACAUGGGGAAAAGCGGGCACACGCUAAGGAUCCAAAAGGCAACAAGGAGCACAGCAAACAACCCAACGAACACCACACCUGGAAUGGAACUUCUAGAAAACCCGACAGUGGGGCAUGCCGGCCCAAAGACCGGCCACCCGAUGCAUGGAGAGACACACAGCCGGAGCGGACAGCCACCAAUGGCCCCAAGAAGCGGUCCCCAGAGAAGCGCAGGGAAGGCACCCGCAGCGCUGACAACACUUUGGAAAGGAGGGAGAAGCAUGAGAAGAGAAGGGAGAUGUCUCCUGAGAGGAAGCGAGAGCGGUCACCCACCCGGAGAAGAGACAGCUCCCCCAGCCGCCGGCGGAGGUCCCUCGAAAGACUCCUGGAUCAGAGACGGUCCCCAGAGCGCAGAAGAGGGGGCUCGCCUGAGAGGAGAGCCAAGUCCACCGACAGGAGGAGGGCCAGGUCCCCCGAGCGCAGGCGAGAGCGAUCACUGGACAAAAGGAACCGGGACGACAAGGUUGGCCACCGAGAAAAGGAGGAGACUGGUCUGAAGCCUGAAGCGGGGAGAAGUCCCCGAAAUCCCCCGGAGCAGAGAAGGCGACCUUAUAAAGAAUGUAGCACCGACCUCAGCAUCUGAGACUCCAGUCCCAUUGCAACCUUUACCGUGUCAAAGGUUCUAAGAGGAAGGUCGCAAACAUGAAAUAAUUUAGUUUCUUACCUGAGGAAGCAUCUACACCUGAAGAGACCUAUGAAUAGUAAUGGACAUUUUAUGCAUUUGAAAUCUUAUAAGAAAAAAAUAUAUAUGAAAAGUCUUGUGCCUGAUGUAUAAUAUUAAAGAAAGUAUUUUUAAAUGCAUACUUUUUUUGAAAAUUAUUUGCCAAAAUGAUGGCCCAAAGGGAUGUAUAUUUUGUUUCUUCACAAGCUAUAGAAUUGUUGAGAAUUGUUCCCUCUUUGGGGCAAGCUAUUUCUCUUCUAGAUAAACGGGGCUGUGGUCCGGCCCUCUAAGUAAAUGCAGUUAAAUUGAACUCAGUAUAAACCGUUAGACGUGAACUAGUGCUGUAUUGUAAACCCUUGUUUUUCAGAAACACAGAACACAAAAAGGCAAACUUCUACUUAUACGAACUGAGGGCCUUUAGGGUGGAUUAGGGUGGCCAAGCUGCAUGGCAAGAAUACUACUGCAAGUGAAGGGUAUUUAUGACGACCGUGCACAGCGCUAAGAAACUUUAUGAUCGCAAGUUAUAGUUCCUUCAAAGAAUGGUUUGUGCUCUCCCUGGCCCAGGAAGGUGCAGAAACAAGAUGUUUGGCUGCCAUGAACCAAAUACAGCCUUAGCUCAGAUGGUCAGGUUCAUCAACUCCACCAUAGACUACAUUUCCCAUACAGCAGUGCCCAUCACAACUUGUCAGCCUCUAGAAGGAGCAGACAAGCUGCUUCUGGGCUGUGUGGUCCCAUAGGAAGCUGAGUAGAUGGACCUUGUGCCUCUGGGACCAGGGAGAUGUAAGUGUCUCCAACAUGAAAAGAGCGCCCUCCCCCAGUGUUUAGCAUUAGCUCAUGGUUGCUUUCUGCUGAAUUGGGAGCAGAGGGGUGGACUUUGGUGGAGGAAACCUCUCUCGUGAUAUUUCAAAAGCAUUGGGCUGCUUAUUCCCAGAAUAGCUGAUUAUGCACUUUGAAACCGUAACCAGGUCUUAAGGAUUGACUGAAGGGUGAGGCAGAAAGCGAUAGCACCAGUAGUUCUUCAUGUGCUGGGAAACCUCCAUUCCCCAUGACCCUGUUCUUUGCCCGUUUGGGGGCAGCAAACUUUCUACAAUAGGCCCAUUUUUCUGAAGCCCCUGAGGUGCGGUUGGGUCAGCUGUAGCCCUGAGAAGCGGUUUAAGUGGAUUACUGCCUAGCUGAGCCAAAGUGUUUGCUUGUACCUGUUGGAGCGCUGCAGCACACCGCUGCUGACGGUGCACUCGUAUUUCUGUCGUACUGUUUUGCAUUUUCCAUUCAGACACAAGAACUUUGCAAGUCAAUCACUGUUGUUCCCAUGGUACUGUAUUAGGGGAGGGGAGAAAAAAGACAAAAAAAAAAAAAAAAAGAAAAAAAGAAAAAGCAAACCAGCCAAUCAUUGUAUGUAGAGUUUAAAAUUGUAACUAAUAGAGCCUGUUGGAAAAAAAUAAACAAUUGUUGCCUUUUUUUUGUAUAAAAGAGAAUUUAUGACAAAAGUCUAGCUUUGAGGAAUGUGAUGUGUGUUUCUAUUUCUGAAUAUGAACAGACUGAUUCUUGGGAAUAUCCUAUAAACUAAAUCAGGUAUAUAAAGUUGUCUAAAAUGGGAGGCUAUAUAAGUACCACUAAAGCUUUAGUUUGUUGGGGCUGUCAUCUCUCCAUGGAGAGCCUGCUCAUGAAUAGUCAAGCAUCCAUUGCGUCCUCUGUUCUUCCCUCAUUUAUUUCUUGCUUAAUGCUCCUUCUGUGUUGAUGAAGAGCAGCGUGUGGGCCAAUCUUUUUAUAAAACACUAUGCACAUAUAAAUAUUACAGUGUUCAUAGCUUUAUUUGAUUUAGGGCUUCUACAUCACAUUACACUGAGUAGCUAUGGUUAUGUGGACAUGACCAAAGUUCUUUUCCUGAAUCAAACCCAGUGUACAUCGUGUAGCUAAAGGGGGUGGGGAGUCUGUGAUUAUCAUCAGAGUUUUUGCUACAAGCAUACAUUGACUAUAGUACUAAUGCUGAGGAAAGCUACAAUGAGUGGCAAUGUUUCUUUCGUCGGUUUCCUGAGAGCCACCUUGGAGGUGUCACACUUGAGGCUCUGCCGCUGGGGUUUUUCUCACUACUUCUAGCACAGUCCAUUAUGUGACUGGUUCAUUUUCUCGAUCACAGUCUAUGGGUAUUAAACAAAUAAGAGUCAAGGAUGAUUUUUGUAUUGCAUCUGGAAGUUAACACCAAGAUGUCCUGUCUCAUUGUAAGAGAUGGUAUUCAGCAUUUAAAGUCAGUGCUGCCCACCUGAGCCUGGCUCAGUUUCUGAGGAAUUUUGCUGUAGCAAUGUAACCUUCAUUCUGUACAUCAGACUUCAUAUGAAAGUAUUGUGCUUUCAAAGUACAGAGAACUAUACACUAAGCAGAAAAGUAAAAUGCUCUGCAGUCUACUGUAACCUUUAUGGGAAACUGAGUCUUGUGAGCCUUUUCUCCCCAACCUUCCACUCCACGUAAGAGUGUUGAUGAGGUAUGAUGAUGGAUAAGUAUUUUGUAUGAAUAAAUCAAACCAUUAGGAUCUCCCCCACCCUGCCCCCUGUUAUACAACUGAUGUUUGCAAGAAUGUUCAGCGGUGGGAGGACUCAAUAGCCUACUUGUAUUUUUUUUAAAGUUUCUUUUAUGAAAGAUUUUUAAUGCAUUUUUACUGUAAAAAUAUAUGGAAGUGU